ACACUCUUGUGGUGAUUUGUUAGAAGUGCGGCUUAAAAUAUUUGGACUGUACCAAAUGUGACAGUGACGAAAUGAAUAAAGUUGAAAUAUGUUUCGACAUGACAGCGUAAAUAUUUGAUUUAAGUAUAUAUUUACAUGCAAAUUACGUACAAUUAUCAGACGCGUGUGAAACUGUUUGCAACAAAAUGUGUGUAAUACAAGCAUUUUUUGGUACAAGAAACCCUAAAUGCGUAUGACGUAAUUUUUCAACAUGGCCGAUUCAGGAAACACAAACAGAGAAGUAUAUAAGGAACAUAUUCCUUAUAAUAGUAAAGCCAGGCCAGUGUCAUAUGAAAACAUGCGGGCAUCGAGUCAUCAAGACUCGCCGGAAAGCAGAAAAGAUAAUUUUCGAAAGCUGAGUACGUCGGAAUAUUGUGAAAAGCUGCAAGGAUGGAUGUGGCAGUACUACACAGGAUAUGUUAACUGGCAAAGCUGGCUAUCUGUCUCUGCUAUGUCGUCUCCUCCUUAUUUACCACAGUCAACGAACGAGACAUCGACUUCACCACUUUGGCCAGCCGAUUUGUCCAACUUCGAUGCGCAAAACUGGUUCAAUAAUCCUUUCGGGUUACCUUUAUCGCCAUAUCCACCUGCCUUCGUUACACCUGGUAGCCACACAGGCGAUACUAUUGGCAAUGGACCUGUGCCAGCUUCAGUGCCCACACAACCGCAGCAGCAACAUCAACAAAACGGCAAUGCACAACGACCAGGUCGAGAAUAUAGUAUUCCUUCCCCUCUGCAGAGGUUCCUUGCGGAAAUGGUGGAUUUUUUCAUCCUGUUCUUCAUCAAGGCCACCAUAAUCAUCAGUAUUAUGCACCUGAGCGGAAUGAAGGAUAUCUCCAAGUUUGCAAUGCAUUUCAUUGUGGAGGAAAUAGAUGAGGACACAUCCAUGGAAGAGCUACAAAAAAUGAUGCUUGUUGCACUUAUUUAUCGGAUAUUGGUGUGUUUCUAUGAGAUUGUCUGCAUAUGGGGGGCAGGGGGUGCCACACCAGGGAAAUUUAUCAUUGGCCUCAGGGUGGUCACAUGUGACUCAUCAGUCUUGCUUCAACCCAAUCGGGUCCUCGUCGUACCAGCGACAAAUGUCUCCCUGACCGCUUCAACUGUAAGAGCCCUGAACAAGAACUUCUCCAUCGCCUUCUUCUUCCCAGCCUUCAUCACACUGCUUUUCUUCCAGCACAAUAGGACUGUGUAUGACAUGGUGGCCGGCACCAUAGUCGUCAAGCGCAUGGGGGCGAGAUGACCUCAUGGUUAGAGUUAUUAAGGUUAAUGUCUAGUGCUAGUUCAUGGCUUCCUCCAAAGCUUGAGUCUAGCACAGCGAGAUGUGAGGAAUGAAGGCCGCAAGGGGAAUUGCUCUGCAACAUCACUGAAGAAGCAAGCUAGUCUCUUAGACUCGUAUGCUCUUGUAAAUCGGACUAUUUUUCUUCCAUUAAUGGUAUUUAGAAUAAUUUCUUUCUGAAAUUGCUGCUUGAUUUGUUUUAGUGGCAAACUGCUAUGGCAACCUGAAGUGGUCAUGAUACAAUUUUUGUAAUGCAAACGGUAUUAUCAGUGAGAACUGAUAACAUGUAUUAACAAAUCAAUUUGAUAAUUUUGUUUAAUUUUCCACCUGAAGCUGUGAACCCUGUGCAUGAUUUUGCAACUCUAAAUGGUUUUAGCUCUAAUAGUGCUGUAUUUUAUUACUAAAUAUGUAUUUUAUUGACAUUUUGAAAGGAAGACUCAUGUUAAUUCUGAAAUGUGUUACCAAGGUUACAGUUUAGACCAUUGCUACCAAAUAUUAUGGCCAGAUUUAUCAAUCUUUUUUCAUACAUUUAUCUCAAGCGCUUCAUACAGUAUAAAUGUGCCAUCAUAGUGUUUGAUAUGCCUGUUAAGUCUAAGAGUGAAAGCAUGCUGUUCUCUAUUGCUUUAAAGCUGUUUUGAAAUUUGAAAACCAAUUUUAGUACCACUCUAUGCUGGGUUAAUUUUAAAGUAUUUUAUUUAUUUAACAAGUGUGUCCCUAAUGACAACUAUAGCCAGUACACCUUAACAGCCUCACGUUAACAGGUGAUGAAAAGAUACAAGCAGAUUCAAGCAUAAAAUGUCAAAUUUGCCUUACAGUGUUAUGAUUUUGUAAAUUGUAUUUGUCUAUUUGUUCCAUCGGUACCAAUAAAUUGUUCUUUAGGGACAAUUUGUAGAUUUAAUCGAAUUGACGUGA